CCGCUGACCGCCCACCUGCCCGUCAGCUGUGCGCUCUUGGUCAAGCUUGGCUGACAGGCUCACUGCAUUCUGUCUCACUCCUGAACUCUUUUUCUUUUUAAUCUAUUUAUUUAUUGAAAGGCUGAAUUACACAAGAGAGGGGAAGACAGAGAGAGAGAGAAUCUUCAACCGCUGAUUCACUCCUCGGAGGCGGCAAUGGUCAGGCGCUCCAUCCGGGUCUCCCGCACAGUGCAGGGCCGGAGCGCCUGUGCCGUCCUCCGCGGCUUUCCCAGGCGCAUGAGCUGGGAGCCGGACAGGAAGCAGAGCAGCCGUCUCUGCUACACACGGCCCUUCCCACAACGCACCUGAGCCUCACUCCAUCACGCCCGAGCUGCCUGCGUGACCACGCGCACGCUGACUCCCUCCCAGGGACCGCCCCCCACAGACGCCCCCCGCUGCCCCGCCACACGCUCAAUCAGGAGGCGGCCUGACCCUGGGUGGGCUCGCGGCCGGACGGCGCUGGGCAUAAAACCUCGUCCCGGGGCGGGGGGGGGGCAGAAUCCCGCGUGGAGGCGCUGUGCCUUCUCCCCACAUUCCAGGGAGCCCCAGCCUGUGCCCCCACGAGAACGCGCACCUGCACAGGGUGAGGAGGGCUCUCCGGGACCCCUGCCUGGGCGGCCUGGAGCCCCUGAGCCGGCCGAGGCUGGGUGGCCUCCCUGUCCCGGGAGGCUGGCGCUGGGAGGCAUUGCCUGGGCGACUUCCUGCAGCUCCGCCCACACCUGGCUGUCACCUGGCAACCAGGUGGCCGCGUCCCCUGAGCCCAGCCCUGCCAGGCUUCUCCUGGGCCCGGGACCCCUGGGGCCCUGUCCUCGCUCCCGUGACCAGGCCAGCCGCCGCCGCCCGUCACAAUGAACCCCGUGCUCUCCAGGGACAGCCAGGUCCGCGUGAUGGAAGCCACGGUGGCCAACGCCGACAAGUACCUGGGACAGCUCUGCUCGCUGCUGGCCGCCUACACGCGCAAGACAGCGCGGCUGCGCGACAAAGCCGACCAGCUGGUCAAGUGGCUCAUUGGCUUCGCCAACACUGAGAGCCCCGAGCUGCGGGCCACCCUGAGGGACUUCGCCGAGGACCUGGCCAAAAUACAGGAUUACCGGCAGGCCCAGGUGGAGAGGCUGGAAGCCAAGGUUGUCAACCCCCUGAAGCUCUACGGGGCGCAGAUCAAGCAGAGCCGGGCGGAGAUCAAGAAAUUCAAACGUGCCCGAAAUCAUGAGAUCAAACAACUGGAAAAGCUGGAGAAACUGAGGCAGAAGUCACCCUCGGAUCUGCAGAAGAUCUCCCAGGCCGAGAGCAGCCUGCAGAGAGCCUCGGGGGACGCCAGCCGCACCACGCAGCAGCUGCAGGAGGCGGUGGACGGCUUCCAGGGGCAGAAGCUGCGGGACCUCCAGAGGAUGCUCCUGGACUUCGUGACGGUGGAGAUGGUGUUCCACGCCAAGGCGGUGGAGGUGUACUCGGGCGCCGUGCACACCCUGCAGAGCUACGACGUGCAGCAAGACCUGGAGGAUUUCAGAGCCAAGAUGUGGGCAGCACACGGGCACUCCGACGGCCGGCCACUCCCCGGCACUGCCCCCUCUCCGUCUCUGCCAUGGUCCCGGGCCAGCCAGAGGCCUCAGGACAGCACUCGGAGCAAGAGGGAGGAGGCAGCGGCCGGCAAGGCGGACUCGGCGGAGGACAGCCCCGAGGAGGGCCGCGGCUAGAAGAGGGUCCCUCGGCUGUCCAUCGGGAGACUGGGCCCAGGCCCCGAGGGCGCACCGACGCCCCUGCCCUCCCAGGGGGCUCUGGGGGGAUUCAAUAAACGCCACGACGCA